AAUACGUAAGGUUCAGACAUAAGAGGAUAGUAGCCUAAUCCUUUUUGGACAACAAUAUACAUAGUCCAGUUAUCGUUUGGUGUAUGCUUGAUAUUUUAUUCUCCGGCUUGUAUAGGAUUUAAAUUUGUUGAAUCAUUGGUGUCCCUUUGGACAUAUCUGACAAAAUUGGAUCAUGGUUAAUUUCUUUCUUUUCUUUUUCUUAUAGUUUUUUUUUUUUUUUUUUCUCAAGUAGAUGAGAUCUCAUUCAUGCUCUUUAAGCCUUUUUUGUCCUUCAUGUGGGUUGAUUCUGUUCUGGAUUUGGAAAAUAGGUUGCUACAGUUUUAUCUCAACAAGUUUGCUAGAGUUCCUCGAUAUUCAUUGCGAACUUCUCUCUGUUUGGUAAAAUAUGCUGUUAUUAUUGUUCAUAAAUGCUCAGUUUUCUUUACAGAUUCUUCUGGGAUAACAUCACUAACUUAUCCUUGCUUUGUCGUGAGACAACAACUUAGGAGAUAUUCUACGAUUCUUUGUCUAUUCAAAGGGUCGAUCAGGUUUCUCUGUUACUUUGAUUGCACCAAUGGUACUACAAGACUAAGCUUUGAUCUACAGUUGGAAAUUAGCCCGGAAUAUACAAUCAAGCGACGAGUUUUCCGGUUCAUCGGUGUAUAAUAUUUCUUAUGGGAAUAAAAUUGUAAUCAUCAUUAAUUACUACUUGAAGUUCACGAUGAAUAAUUAAAGAGACUUACCAUGUUUGCUUCUAAAACUAAAAUCCUUCUAGGACUUACCAUGUUUGCUUUCUUUCAUAAAGACAAAAAUAUUACAG